ACUUUAUAGGUAAAAAAAAACGAAACAGGCGAUGAUCCGGUUACUGCUCAGCUACGUUUAUCUCUAUCAAUACUUAUCACAAUAAACAGCUGAUAAAUUUAACGUAACCUAAAAUAGUUUUUUUGACCGCUAAACUUUAGAUCAGUUGUUUACUUGCUAUCCAAGGAUUUGUCAGAUCCAAUUAUGCAUUGCUUAAUGAGAAACAAUACGAAACACUUGCUAAAUUGGAGCAAACAUCUGAGCAGGCAAUGCACCUCGAAAGCAAUAAUCAGUGAACCUAAAGAAAAACUGCUCUACAAUGAUAUGUUACAACGUCGUCAGCAGCAAGCAACACGCAGUAUUGUGGUACAAGUUCAAUCAGAAAAAUCAUUCCCUGAAUUGUAUAACUACUGCGCUAGCUUCGGUAAAAUAUUAAGUGCACACCAUUAUCGCAUUCAUCAAGAUGACGAUCAACAUUAUAUAUUAUUGGAAUUUGGCAGUGCAGAAGAAGCUUCAGCUGCCAUAUCUUCUUCAGCGUACAAUGAUGAACUAUCCGGUGUGCCAGCGCAUUCACCAUUUCUGUGGUUUAGAGCGACAAGUAGCAUACGUACAUUGAAAGCAGCUGAUCAAACGACUGAGGCCAAACUAGCUGUUAUUGGUGGUACUACAAUGCUUGAUAACAACGAUUUAAAUGAUGUAUUGUGUGAAGCGUCGAAUUUAGAUCAACAAAUAUUCCAUUUACACCAAAAGACACAACUCAAUGAUCUCGGUGUACGUUUACGUUUUCUAGCUGCUCUACAGGUGAAACAAGCGGUAUCUGGUAUAUUUCCCAAUGCAAAUGCGCAACCAUUUGGUUCGUCGGUGAAUGGUUUUGGCAGAAUGGGUUGUGAUUUAGAUUUAAUAUUGCGUUUCGAUCGUGAAAUAGUUGGUGCAGCAGCAAUGCAGAAGCGCAAUAAUGAGUCUCGUUUGGUAUUUCAUACGAAGGAAAAUUUAACAAAUGGGCGUUCGCAAACACAGCGUCAAAUGGAAAGCCUUGGUGAUAUGUUACAUCUUUUCCUACCCGGCGUGUGUCAUGUGCGACGUAUUCUACAGGCGCGUGUGCCGAUCAUAAAGUAUCACCAUGAACAUUUAAAUUUGGAGGUGGAUCUCUCCAUGAGCAAUCUCACCGGCUUCUACAUGUCUGAACUAUUGUAUAUGUUCGGUGAGUUUGACGAACGCGUACGACCGCUGACGUUCUGCAUACGCCGUUGGGCACAAACUUGUGGUCUAACCAAUCCCUCGCCCGGUCGUUGGAUAUCGAACUUCUCACUCACCUGCCUUGUGAUAUUCUUUCUACAACAGAUGAAACAGCCCAUACUGCCCACAAUAAAUGCUCUCAUGAAAUCUGCGUCACCAGAUGAUAUUCGACUCACCGAGGAUGGCAUCAAUUGUAGUUUUGGACGUGAUUUCGAACGCAUCAGUUUUCGCAGUCGCAACACAGCGAAAUCAAGCGAAUUGCUAUUACAAUUUUUUGAAUUUUACUCGCAGUUUGAUUUUCACAACCGUGCGAUAUCGCUGAAUGAGGGACGUUCGAUCUCAAAACCAGACCAUUCUGCGCUUUAUAUAGUCAAUCCGUUGGAGCAGGUGCUGAAUGUUAGUAAAAAUGUCAGUCUCGAGGAAUGUGAACGCCUGCGCAUUGAAGUGCGUAACGCUGCUUGGGUGCUGGAGUCAGAAGUGGAGAAUCCGUCACAACCGGAUAAUGGGACGCAAUCGCCUUGGGGCAUUCUGCACCUUUUCAAAACGAAUGAAAAAGCUGUUAUACGGCCGCAUAUGUUUUUCAAGCCGCGCAUGGUCGAAGUAAGCGAUUUAUUUGAUGAUUCUACCACAGAUACACCACCAACCCCUGUGGAUUAUAAAAAUGCGAAUGUAAAACGCGAAGUGGAGAGCAUAAAAUCACAGGCACGUGGUGACCUCAAACAAAUGCGUAUAAAUACUUCUUCAGCUGCAGCAGCGGCGGCGGCGGAAGCAAACGCAACGAUUAUCAAAACGGCUAAGGGGCGUCGUGGUAGAUGAACACCUAUGACUGAAAA